UACGAUCUGGCAGGCAGCUUGUUCCCUCCGACCAUGUUGUCAAGACCGUCAUGCUCGCGUAUGCUCGUGCGCAGACCAGUGCGCGCGUAUGCGACCGCAAGCGGCACGAACGAAGCUUGGCUCUUCGUCGACUCCCUCUUCCCCGUCCGUGUCGGCAAGCUCGACCCCCGUCACUUGAUUGCGCGAUUGAGAGAAGAACACAUCUUGAAUAAUGUCCGAACGACACUGAGCACCGUCAAGGAUCACGACUUUGAGAUCCUCUCCGUGGUACCCUACCAGAAGGACGGCGGUGCUUUCAUCAAAUUCAAAUAUGCGGGGGAUGAGGCGGCCCUCCCUACCAUUGAGCAGGCGCUGAAGGACUCUACACGCAAGUCCGGAGGCCUGCAAACAUGGAUCGGCCUCAGAAGAGCGGACGUAUGGCUGGUGAAGGCGAAGCAGCCCUGGCUGGAGGACAUGGACCGCUGGGCGUCUAUGAGUCUCCGUGUCGAAUUCUUAGGCGGCGAACUCCCUGAGGAGCAAGUCUUUGAGCUGUUCAGGCCCUACGGUCGCAUCGAGGACAUUGAGGCCCCCAAAGUAGCAGGCAAAAACCCCGCCAUAGUCGUGGAGUAUCGUCGCUACCGCCCUGCGACCAUCGCGCGGAAUGUCCUGAACGGCUACGAAGUGACUCUACCAUCCGGCGCCAAAGUCCGGGUCAGACCGACGUAUCAGCCCGUAAUGCACGCAUACGCGAUGCGCGACUGGCUCUCGAAGCAUCCAAGGAUUGUGCUGCCGGUCGUGAUCUUCCUGCUGGGUAGCCUCACAUACGCGAUCUUCGACCCCAUACGUAGUCUUAUGGUCGAGGCGAAAUUGCUCAACUGGUUCGACUAUAAGGAGUACAGGCUCUGGCAGUGGUUCCGCGAGAACGCGCUCGACCGCCUGCCUUUGACAUUCGAGUCGAAGAUUGCUGCAGCACCUGCGGAAGAUGCGUGGAAGGAGCGGAUGGAGGCAUUUACGGCUAUCAGAGCAUACUUGAAUGACUUCCCCAGUACGGUUGCUUUCAUACACGGCCCGCAGGGCAGCGGUAAGACGCGCAUGGCACGAGCUGUAUUGGAACCGUUAGACAGACCUACGCUCGAAAUUGACUGUCGCGAGCUCGUCAAGUCAACCUCCGACGCGCAGAUGAUCGGAACCCUGGCGAAGCAAACGGGCUACUGGCCCAUCUUCACGUUCCUCAACUCCAUGAGCAACCUCAUCGACCUGGCGAGCGUGGGCAUGAUUGGGCAGAAGGCCGGCUUUGGCUCCUCCACGCCCGACCAGCUGCGCGAUAUUCUGUCGACGGUCACUGUGUCCUUGAAGCGCGCGAACGAAUCACAUAGGAAUGAAAUGCUUAAGGAGGCGAAGCGGCAGGAGGCUAGACAAGCGAGAACCAAGGGCUUCUCUGCUCUGUGGUCGCGGGUGACGGGACUCGUAGGCGGUGGGAGUACCGAGCCUGCAGGACCUGGCAACUCUGCGAAGGACGAGCACCAACAUGACUAUCCAGAGCACGAGAAGCCAGCGCAGGAGAAGUCGAACCAUGAGCUGAAGGACGAAAUGGCGCGGAAGGUCAAGGGGACGCAGGACGCGGAGGCGCUGCAGUCUUUGCCCACUGUCGUCAUUCGCAAUUACGCUGGUUCGGGCUCGAACAAGGAGGAGCUGCUGGAAGUCCUCGCGCAGUGGGGCACGUCGUUGGUAGAGAACAAGAUCGCGCACGUCCUCAUCCUUUCGGACAACCGCGAGAAUUCUAAGCGCCUCGCGAAGGCUCUGCCUACGAAGCCGCUAUACACGGUUGCUCUAUCGGACGCCGACCCCAACACUUCGCUCUCCUACGUGAAGCAGAAGCUACAAGACGCUGACGUGGACUCGAGCUUCACGAGUGAGCAGAUAGGUCUCAUCCAGCGCCUUGGCGGCCGUGCUAGCGAUCUCGAAAGCCUCGUGCACAAAGUCCGCAACGGGCAGACCGUCGAAGACGCCGUCGAGGACAUUGUCUCCCGUGGCGUCGCUGAGCUGCGCAAGAACGCCUUCGGGGACGACGCAGACGACGCGAAGAACCUCCCCUGGUCGCGCGAGCAGGCCUGGCACGUGCUUAAGCAGCUCGCGAAGCAGGAGGAGAUCCCGUACCAAGAUCUGCUUCUGAACUUCCCGUUCAAGGGGGAUGAGAAUGCGUUGCGGGCGAUGGAGCAGGCGGAGCUGAUCACCGUCGGUACUAAUAAUGGACGGCCGUCUGCAGUGAGGCCAGGGAAGCCGGUGUAUAAAUGGGUGUUUGAGAGGUUAUAUAAGGACUCGAUCUUUGAGGCGAUGAUGGACACGGCGUACAACAAGAAGAUCAUCGACGCGUCGGAGACGAUCGUCAAGGACUGCGAGGACGAGCUGCUCAAACUCAAGGAGAUCGGUCUGGAGAACGGGUGGCUUGGUCGGACGCCGUCGUCAGAGCGGGCGAACUACCUGUACGACAAGAUGAUGAAGGCCCAGCGGAAGAUCGUGCAAUUGGAACGCAAGAACGACGAGCUGAAGAAGGUGCUUGCGAAGGGUGGCUAGAUCUCCUUCACUGCGCUGUAUAUCGGACGCUGUACCUCUAUGAACACUGUCUAGCUUCUCAUCUCUUUCGGGUCUUGUCGUCGUGUGCUCUGUCGCCCGCUCCGGGAUGCGGCGUAUAUUCGCGGGCAAGGCACUGGUGAUGUCGCUACCUAACCGUAUCUUACGACGCUGCACCUCGCUAAUGCAGGGACGACAGGCACGCCGUUCCCCAGUGCGCGAUGUCGAACGGCCCAACAGCGUCGAGACAACUGCCAGAGCAUGGAGGGCAUCUCCACUGGACCGGGUCUCCGGCCCUGUGUUCUAUCUUAGUGAACUGAUGCGCCCCACGCCAUCCCGCGCCCCUUGUCCGGGAAAUUCUGUAG